AUGGUCAAUGCCCACUACAGCACUUCGUCCAGCGUCUACUCGCCAAUAGAGAGCGAGUAUAAAUUCCAUGUACCCACGGCCAGCCAUGCCAUCAUCGAGGAAACUGAUGAGGACGAGGAGGAAUUAGCGUCGGAUUACUCCGCCAGCAUUCACUCCGCCAGCAUCCAUUCAUCUGUCCAGAAUCUCCGGCGAAAAUCUUCUCUGGAGCUUUUCGGCUCAGAAUAUAUUCAGUCAGAUGCCAGCAUCCAUUCGUCGACGCGAAUGCCCGAGCUUUCAAACCAGACAUUCAAUACAUACGUCACCGCAAAUGGUUCAAGUCCAAGCUUCACCUCCAUCAACAACUCGCUUCUAAAAACGCAGUCUUCCGAGCUGUCGCAUUACGGUACGUACUCUGGCGAGGUAGACAACGAUGAGACCCCACGAAUCGAUUCCUCUGGCAGGUACUUCAACGAUGUCGUGGACAAGACACCAUUGAUCGGCAGCUUUCCUCUCGAGGACACUCCCUUAAUCUCUUCAACUGGGUAUAGAGAAGAUGCGCUCGAACCUCUGGGCAUGGAGCCUGAAGAACCUCUCAUGCUGCAUCUGAAGUCAUCUGCAUCGGAUUUGGCACUGAAGUUUCAGAGACUCUCCGUGACAUUACAACACUCCGGCCUGAACAUCUCGCAGCAGUCCUAUAACUUUCAGACUAACUUCCAGCUGAACGUACAGAGAGCAAAUUCUGUCAAAGCUCCACUGGCUUCCAGAACCAGCGUAUAUUAUAAGAAAAUUCACUCAAAGCCCUCUGACGACGACAGCAACAGUCAUACUCCACUGGGCGCUCACUCUGGAACUCCGGGAGACUCUCACUCUGUUUUGAGUGGUGCUAGUUCUGAUAAUACUCGCCGAAGAAGCCAACAGAGCUUUUCUGGUGGUGGAGCCAGCGACGAAACAGCCGUUCACCAUGGUUUGCAUGGGCGUAAUGAUCUGUUCAGAAAGUCUGUUUCCAGACCGCAAUCCAUGGAUGGUGGUUUGAAUAUAUCCUUCCACAAUACUUCUGAGCAGACUGCUAAUAAUACCACAGAGGACCUUACUGCCAACAUGGCAACCUCCAACUCUACUGACAUCUCCUCAAGAUAUUCAACGGCCCUCAGCACAGAAUCAACCAGGGAGGACAUGUCUGUUCUAUUCAUCCGUGCACUUCACUCUUUUGAUUCUACCGAGUCUCAACUAGAGUCUGACAGCUCGGUAUGUUUGUCUUUCGAAAAGGGUGAAAUUGCAUUUGUUCAUACCAUAGAUGACUCAGGCUGGGGUGAAGUCACCUUAGUCGACUCUUUAGACAGAGGAUGGAUUCCCAUGAACUAUUUCGCUUUGGCUGUCACGACUGCGGCUAGUAGUUCCGAUGAAGAGAACAUGCUGUCCUUACACUACUCUCGCUACUUGUGUCCACUUUUACAUGCUUGCGGAAAGUUUCUUUCGAACCCAUUAUCGCAUUCGUCUCGAAACGGAACUAUGACAUUUUCUAUUCGUACUGUCAAUGCUGUUCGUGAUGGAGUGCGUGUGUUGCUUCAAGAAACCGAUUGUUUAUCAAGAUCUAAUGAGAUUGUCAUCAAGAAACCAGUGGUGAGGAAGGCACGGAAGUCUUUACUUUCAGAUUGGUACACCUUAAUGGUUCGUGCAAAUGAAUAUAAGGGCACAUCCAAUUUUGAAAAAAUUGAGAUCUUGCAAUUGUUGAUACUUCAGGUGAUCAGAAGGGCUACAACUUUUUUCGAGGUAUGGGCCGCAGAAAGUAGCGAAAUCAUUAAAAGAGAAACAGAAAUGAAAUUGCAGAACGACAUGAAUUCAUAUCCUCUUUUACCCGCUCCUCCGUUAGCAAAGCUGAGAGUCACAGAAAUCAAUGGCACUCUUUAUUCAUAUUUAUCAUUGAUUAUUGGUCGAUUAGACUUGAUUGAACACAACCCUACUGGUUGUGACUUGCUCGAGACUAUUACCCACCAUAUUAUCCUACUUUUGCGAGAGCUUUUGUUUGUUUCCAAAACAGGGUCGGACUAUUCUUUGGAGAAACCAGCUGAUUUAGAUGGCUCUUUGGAUGCACUUUUAUCCCUCGUGAGCGAAUUGGUUACUGUCGUCAAGAGUUUGGUUAUUUCUACCGUGAGCGAAGGGGAUAGAUCAAUUAAUAAGAGAGGAGCUCAAGACACUGGCGUAUACACAUACACCGAGGAAGGCCAAAAUCUCAUUGUUGUAGCCUCGAAGAUGAUCAAGGCAACUGGAAGUACCGUUGCGUCGAUUCGAAAACUCUUUGAGUCUAUUGGUGAUUUCAGAUUGAGCUCUGAAAGAUCUUAUCCUGACUACACCGAAAUGAGAAUCGAGCCAGAAGUGUUUAUCCUGAAGUGCUCCGUUGGCAUGGUGAAAUCUCAUUCAUUGAAGAACCACGAUUUAAGAACCAUGAAGCUGAACAACCCCAAAAAGUCCAAUAGAUACUCCAUGUUCAGAUCGGGAAAGGCCGGUGAUCUUGGAAUCACUCCAAAUGGUGUUAACUAUAUGCAUAAGGUGAUGAUUGUGGAUUCGGGAGAAGAUUCAGUUCCAUUUAGUCUGGAAUUCAAGGAUUACAUGAGCAAUCCAGAAGAUAAAGUGGAAAAUGAGACAUAUACGAUCAGGGAUGAACUAUUGAUUGAUGCCACGGGUAACUUCUUGGGUGCUUCGUUUAAGGGCUUGGUUUAUACUUUGACCAACGAAAGCUCCCCACCAGAAUACUUCUUUGUUUCCACAUUUUUCAUCUGUUUCAGAAAUUUCGGAUCUGGCAUUGAUCUAGCGGAAUUGUUGAUUGACCGUUUUGAUUCGGCCAAUUUGAAAACAAAAAUAACAGACAAGCCGGACCCCCAACUGGAUAUGAAGCUCAAGAGUAGAAGAAGAUUGGUGUGCAAGAUGUUCCAAAUCUGGAUGGAAUCUUAUUGGGUACAUGAAGCGGAUAUUUCCCUUCUUUCUACACUCGUUAAUUUCUACAAUGAAGGUGUCUACAAGCACUUGCCGAUCGAGGCAAUGAAGUUAAUUGAAAUUGCCGCCAGGCUCUUGACCAGUGAUUUGAACAAUGGUAAGGAACAGCUUGUUGUUAGAAAUAUCACGCUUGCUAAAAUCCAGAGAAAGAAUUCGUUCUUGAGCAAAAGGUCUUCUGAUGCGUCGUUGAGUUCACGGUACUCAAUGGUCGAUGGGUACGAGCUUUCCAAGAUCAACACCAACAGUUCCGUAACCAGCUCAUUGAAAUCAAUUACAUUACCCAUGCCUCUUGGAAUCAGUGGGCUGACUUCAUCAAGUUCUUUGUUGACCAAGGGCCAAGUUUCAACCAUUGAGAAUGUUGUGGUGACAUACAGAGCAAUUUUAAACGAGAAUUGGUGUCCUCAGGCUUAUGUUGACACUAAAACGUUUAUUUCUAUGGGCUUGCAGCAGAUUUUGCCAAGGUGGUUUGUUCUCUGUGAACAAAGUUGGGUGUUAUCGAACUAUAGAACAAACUUGUUAGAUUUCAAUGGAUUGGAGCUCGCUAGACAACUCACACUCAUUGAAUCAGAAAUCUUUUGUGCCAUUAAACCAGACGAGCUCUUGAACGGGAACUUUACAUCCAAGAAAGCGCAUUUGAAGGUUGCACCCAACGUGAGACUUUCUUUGUUGUUUACCAAUUGUUUAUCUGAUUAUGUUUUGGAAUCUGUGUUACAACCAGAUAUCAAUCAGAAACUCAGAGUUAAUAUUGUCAAAACCUGGUUAAAGGUUGCGAUCUCAUGUCUUUAUUUAAGAAACUUCAACUCAUUGGCUGCCAUCAUUACUUCUUUGCAAUCGCACUUGGUCACCAGAUUGAGUAGGGUGUGGAGUGAUCUUUCCGAGAAGUAUACAGAGCUUUAUGACUAUUUGAGCAGUGUUGUACAUCCUGAGAAGAAUUACAGUGUUUAUCGAGCUAAAUUGAAGAGCUUUCUUUUGUCCAAUGAUUACAACAUUCCGGUUGUUCCAUACUUCUCCUUGUUUCUUCAGGAUUUGACAUUCAUUACAGAUGGAAAUCCAAAUUUCAGAAAGGCUAACACUUUUUUGAACCAGAAGUUGAUUAAUAUUGACAAGUAUCUCAAGAUCACUAGAAUCAUUGCUGACAUUGAGAGUUUGCAAAUUCCGUACACUUCUCCUUCAGGAAAGCGAAGAAACAGUACAAUUUUCAACAAGGGCAAUGGGUCGGCGUUAAAUGAGGAAUACUCCAUUGCACCCGUCGCUUGCUUGCAAGAAUUGAUUUUAUUGGAGUUAUGGAAGAUUUCUGAAUUGAACAGGAAGGAGGAGGAUAGAGCAUGGAAAUUGAGCUGUCACAUUCAGCCUAGAGACACUCCUCGAGUUAAUUCUUAUCAGGAGGACUAG